AUGCCCCCCAGAAUACCGGCGCUGCCGAGCCUAGGCUCACUGAACCUUUGCCUCCGACCCGCAUCGAAGCCCGCAACUCCCAACUUCCUACCCAUCGUCCAGACGGCCAACCUUUCCCAGCGCGAGAAGAAGCGCAAGGCAAAGCAAGACCCUUAUAGAUGGGCUCAAGCACAACAACGAAAGGCUGCCAAUGUGCAAAGGCGCGAAGAGCUAUCUCGUGAGAGAGACGAGGCCUGGGGCGAUCCUGUCCUAGGAAAGAAGACUCCUUUCAUUGAAUCCCUGGAGACGGCUGGCCUGAAGAAUUCUGAUUCUUCUGUGUCAAAUAUUGGAAUUCGAAACCAUUUCCUUACAGACGCCGAGGUUAAGAAGGCAACCGCACAUGCCUACCAACUCACUAAGCCCAUGAUUGGCGCAGUUGAGGAGCAGAUGGAACCUGAGACCAAGGAGGAUAAGAUGAAGCAGCACGAGGAGAACCACCAGAAGGUUCUCGAAGCUUUGAACCGAAUUACGUCGCUUGAGAAUGGUAGCUCAAAGGACCGCUUUCAUGCCAAUGUUCAGCGCAUCAUCAAGGAGUUUGGCCGCCACAGAACCGACUCAAAAUUUAUGAUGAAGCCCCGCGCAUCUACUGACGGGGAGGCAAAGCUUGAACGAUGUGGCCCUGAUACCGGUAGCUCUGAGGUCCAGAUUGGCAUCUUGACAGCGAAGAUCCAUAACCUCUCAAAUGCCCUGCAGAUCAACCGAGGCUAUAAGGACAAGCACAACAAGCGUAACCUAAGAUUGCUGUUGCAUCGCCGACAAAAGCUCAUGAAGUACAUGGAUCGCAAGGAGAGAGGAAAUCAGCGAUGGACUCACAUGGUUGAGACGCUAGGCCUUACACCUGCAACCUGGAAGGAUCAGAUCUCGUU